CGUCUGCUAGGUCAGCCUCCAGCUUCAGGCUUCUGUCGGCUCGCGUGGGGGCAGGAGAGAUGCUGCUCCCCUUGGCGUCAGCGUGUGCACUGCUCCGGCUUUUCCUGCUCGCUGGAGCCAGGGGAGGUGGCUAGGAAUUUGCAUGUGGAAAUAAAAAUAAGCGUCUGGGACGUCUGCCCUUCUCACCGGCAUUGUUUGUGUUUGAGGCUUGUGUGCAGCUCCCAGAUUGUGGUGCUGGGUGCGCUGACACAGAUACAUGGAAGAAAGUGAAAGAGUGUAAAUUAAAUGAAACAGUAUUAAAUUUGUUGCCUGAUGUGUGACGUGAGAAUAUCCUUCUUUCUGUGCCUUUGUUCUCCUGUCUGUCAGAGGGGGAGGAUGCCUGUAACAAGGCGGGUUUGUGUGGAAGCUGUGGCAUGUGCUCUGUGCUAAGCUUUCUUUUAUCCUGGGGCUUUGGGUCUCUUUGUAAAAACUGAUGACAGCAGAACUGGGUCAGGUGGUCCCUGCUCAGAGCCCGUGGGGGAAUUCAUGGAUCCAGAGGCCUCUCACAUCCCCCAGAAGGGCUCAGAGAAGUGGGAUUGAGCUGUGGGGCACUGGAGGCAGCAGAUCCCUCCCUUCUGGUACUCUGCUGCUUUCCCUCGCUCCUGCUUCAACUCCAGACUGAGGUUUGCAACCUGAGCUUCCCAAACUGUUGGGAAGAAGCUGCUUUCUCUCCCUGGAUGCAGCUCCAGGCUUGCACGCCCUCUUGGCACUUUAGGGUGUAGGAGCCUUGGAAAGCACAGCACGCUUUCCCUGAUGUUGGCAGGGAGAGGUGCUCCGUUCACUGGAAGGAGGCUCUUGUGAGGUGUGCUGGUGUGCAGCAUCAGCCCUUCUGUGUGCCUGCCUUUCCUGUGAAAGGGGAAGUGUGUUUCCAGCCCUGCUGACCCUGUGAACAGCUCUGUGCUGUCCCUCACCUCACUCCAGCAGAGCAGGUCCAAGUGCUUUUGGAAUAACUGGAUAUCUAAAGUCCUGGGCCUGAGAGCAGCGUGUGGUUUAGUUCCUGCUGUUUCUAACCAUGCUUGCUCCUUCAUCUGCAAUAAAUCCCUGCAGGAGCUGGGCAGUCCUGUCCCCUCUGUCUCGUGACAGAGUUGUGGCUUUGCCACAGAAGUGUCACACACAGCAAUAGUCGGUCCAGGGCAGCACUCUGAUCCCUGGGGCAUUGAGCACAGGGAGAAGACAAAGCAUGGAAAACAAGCAGAUAUCCUCUGCAGGGCUUUGUUUAACUUCUGUGGGGUUUUGUUUAGUGCAGUUUUGCUUUUGAAGCACAAAAGGUGCUUGUCCAGCUGGACAGCUGUUGUCCUGGGUGUGCAGGGAGCUCGACACUCUUGCUGCUGCCCUUAGCUUGGCCCAACAACCAGAUUGUGGGUAGGAGUUGCAGAAGUGAGAACUGGCACGUCUGUGAAGUUGCUCUAAAAUAAGAUGAUUGCUUCACCUGUAUCUAUCAAUCUCUUGUGGGAGGGAAGAGCACCAGGCUGCUCCCAGCAGUCUGACAUGCAGGUCAUCUCGUCUGCUGGUAGGCAGGAGCCCCCCUUGGCCGAGUGAGGCAGCAUGGCAACCUGCAUGGAGGCUGCGUGUGAUAGGAGCAUCAGGAGGAUGGCAGCAGUGAAUGGGAGAUGGGGAGAUCUGUCUGGGAUCUCGGGAUCUGCUCGGAGUGUCACCAGAGCCUGCUGUGAAGGUGGAGGCAGUAGCCAUGCUGGGGAGGAGGAGGACCCCAGGGAUGACAGUGGGCAGCUCAGCAUGGCAAAGCAGGUCCAGUGACUGCUUUCUGCAGGGAUGGAAAACCCUGACAGUGAGAUCUGCAGCCAAGCUGAGGAAGUUGAAAUCCGAGUCUCAGGCUCAAGUGCCAAGGAGGGGAGAGUUUGUACCACGGCCUCAUCAAGUGUUCUUGGGGGCCAGGAAUGCCCACUCGCUCCUGAAACGCUUUCCCAGAGCCAAUGGCUUCCUGGAGGAGAUCCGGCAGGGCACCAUCGAGCGGGAGUGCAUCGAGGAGGUCUGCAGCUAUGAGGAGGUCAAGGAGGUGUUUGAGAACAAGGAGAAGACGAUGGAGUUCUGGAAGGGCUACACCAGCUCUGUGUACUCUGUCAAGGACCCCGGGCACAGCACGGAGCGCUCCGACGCCAUGUACGUGGUGGUGCCCCUCUUGGGAGUGGCUCUUCUCAUAGUCAUCGCCCUCUUCAUCAUCUGGAGGUGCCAGCUGCAGAAGGCCACCCGCCACCGCCCCUCCUACGCCCAGAACCGUUACCUGGCCAGCCGGACGGGCCGCAGCCUGCCCAGGGUCAUGGUGUACCGCGAGCGCUCGCAGAGCCAGGGGGAGACCCAGUGCCAGCGGGAGGGCAGCAGCCGGGGGGCUGGGGACGCCAGAGCCGCGGGCACCCCCCAGCCAGACGGCACCCUGUGCCCGCCAGAGCAUUCUGUCUCCGUCCUCUCCAGACUGUCCAGUGCCACUCCCCCGCCGUCCUACGAGGAGGUGACGGGGCACCCCGAGAGCAGCAGCAGCGGCGAGGAGACCAGCGUCUCCUACAACGAGCCUCCGCCCAAGUACGAAGAGAUCGUGGCCACGGCCCCUGCCGCGGGCAAAUAGCGGGUGUGCCUCCCUCCUGCCUCUGCACACUCCCACACUCACCCAGCCACCCUCCCCUCGCCAUGCCUGGGACUCCCUUCUGGUGUUCGUCAGGCUCCAUUUCACCUGUACAAUCUGGUGCCAUCACACAAUAGCCUUACCCUCCUAACCAAAAAUAGCUGUCCCCAGGUGGGGUGAGGCAGGGCUGUGGGAUGGCUCUGGAGCCAGCCAGCCAUCUCCUGCCCCUCACUCCCCACUCACGUAAGUGCUGUAGCAGCCAGAGCAGAGCAGCAGCUUGUUCCUGGCUCAGCCUGGGGGUCUCCCCAUGGUGCAUUUGAUUUCCUCACUUCCCCCUCAAACAGACAUAACAUUUCCCAUGAUUAGAGCAGCUUGCUGCCUCCCUGGGCUGCUGCUCGGCCUCACCCCAUGUUCUGGGCCCUGUUCUACUGCUCAGGGCUCUGAUUAGGUGAUGGAGAUGCAGGAUUGGUGUGGCAAAUUUUUGUCCAUCCCUGCAGUUGGUGGGGCCAGCUCUGUGGGGACAUGGUGCUUCCCCCGUGUGGAUUUGUUGCCAAGUGGGAGUGGGGAGCCCGGUCCACACUGUGGUGCCUGUAGGGAUAUUUGCUGUGUGAUCAGGGAGGAGCAGCUAGAAGGUGCUCUCUGAUCUCCUAGAUCUCUUUGGAAAAGGAGAAAGGGCUCGUGGUGGUUUUGUACUUGAGGUAAGUGAGUUUGGAGUAGCAGGACCUUCUCCUGAUGCUCUCUGCUCUCCCCUGUGGGUGCUGAGCAGCUGGAGGUCUGGUGCUGCAGAGCUGGCCAAGGGGGUCCUUUCUGACCCCAGGUAACUGUGGUCUCAUGGCUUUAAGUGAUGGGGAUUCACCUCUCUCCUGGAGCGUGGCCUACCUGGUGUCUGCCCCAGAGGAGAGAGCCUGCAGACAGGCCAAACCUCCCCUCUCCCUACCCCAAACCCCUCUGCCCUGCCUGGCUCCUCUCUUUGGGGCUCUGUCCUCCAGAGCAGGUACAGUGGAAUGCAGGACCCCACUCGGGGUGACCUCUUGGGUGGGCUGAGUGUUUGGGGUCCAGGGCUGUGCCCUGCAAGUCCUGCUGGCAGGGGCAGGAGCCACAAGGCCAUGCCUUGGCAGUCAGGAGCAGUGCCAAGCCUGCUCAGGUGGGUGUGUUGCCAGGGCAGGGCAGAGCCAGGUGCUCUGCUGUGGGAUCAGUGUCCCCUUUCCCUGGGCAGCUGCCUGUAGGGUCCAGGCACCAGGGCUGUCCUUCCCCAGCCGUGUCUGAUGGAUUAACACAAGGGUUGUGCUCCAACCCCCCAGAAGCUCCCAGCACUGCCACCACCCGGUGCUCUCCCAGCACCAGCCUCUCCACCAGCACCAAAAGGCUAUUGUCCAUCCACCCGUGGCCUGCAUCCCGCCCGGCCCCAGCCAUGCCCUCGCAGCUGGUGCCCUCAGCCCAGAGCUGAGGCUUGCCCAGCGUGGCUGCUCCUGGGGCAGGACAUGCUGGCACCUCGGCUGUCCCCUCCCCAGCCUCAGCAGGUCGGGGUUUUGGGGAGAGCUGACAGAGAGCUCAGGGCCAGAGCUAGAGAACACCGGAGGGAGACACAAGGGUGCUCUGCAUCCUCUGUCUUUGAUGCUCGGUCAUUAUCCCUGCAGUUUGUAUUCUGUAAAACUUGGUAUAUUUCUGUGCAAAAAAAAAAGGUAUUUAUUAAAAAACCCUCACUGUCUGAGUGGCA